AUGACUACUCCCCUCAAUGAAGAGGAGGCCGCCAGUCCCAGUACUGAACAGUCUCCAAGCAAAGAAGAACCACACUGGGCCUUCUCGAGGCUCACAGUGGAACGGGCUUUGAAGCGGGUUAGGGCUCGAACGGCCACUGGUCCUGAUGACAUACCAGCGCGCAUACUGAAGUGCUUGGGAGAGGACUCAAGGGAACAGCUCGCAGAGAUCCUCACGGCCAUCAUUGAAGGCGAGCCCAUCCCUAAAGAAUGGCAUGAAGGCAAGGUGAUUGUUAUCCCCAAAAGGGGUGGGGAUGCGAGAAACAUCGCAGACUACAGGCCAAUAACGGUCACCAGUGUUAUGUAUCGCUUGUUCGCGGGGGUGAUCAAAGCAUGA